AUGGCUUCAUCAUCGAUGAGUAAAACUGAAAUUCAUAAACAAAAACAAUCUACAUCAAAAGAUGGUGAUAAUCAAAAGAAAACUGAUCUUGGUGCAAAUAUUAUUCUUAUUGGAGCACCUGGCAGUGGUAAAGGUACCCAAAGUGCUCAAUUAGCAGAACGUUAUCAAAUAUGUCAAAUAUCAACAGGUGAUUUACUUCGUCAAGCUACUCAAGAUAAAACAUCAGGAGAAGGCGAAAAAAUUCGUCGAAUAAUGGAAUCAGGAGGACUUGUUGAUGAUGAAAUAGUUAUGUCAUUAAUUGAUAAAAGUUUAAAUAAGCCUGAAUGUCGUAAUGGAUUUUUAUUUGAUGGUUUUCCUCGAACAAUUUAUCAAGGUGAACAAUUAGAACAAUUACUUCAAUCAAGACAAAAACGAAUCGAUGCAGUUUUGGAAUAUGCUAUUGAAGAUGAUCUGUUAAAACGUCGCAUUCUUGGUCGACUGAUUCAUAAAUCAUCAGGUCGAACAUAUCAUGAAGAAUUUAAUCCACCUAAAGAAUCAAUGAAAGACGAUAAAACAGGUGAAACACUUGAACGUCGUUCUGACGAUACUAAUGAAACACUUACCGCUAGAUUAAGUACUUAUCAUAAACAAACAACACCAUUGAUUGAUUUUUAUCGUCAACGAAAUAUUCAUCGUUCAAUAGAUGCAACACAAAAAGUAGAUGAUGUAUCGAAACAAUCUAUUAAAAUUGUUGAUUAUUUACGUAAACAACCAACAUAUAAACCAUCAACAAACACUAUUCAACAAACCGAAACUGAUGAUACGUUAACAGUAAAAUCAAAAUCAAUAACAACAAAUCAGCGUGAUGUUGAGACAAAUCGUUUAAGUAAUAAUUUUCUAUUUAUAUACAAUGCAGUGACAUCAGUAUUACGUGAUCGUGGUAUUAUUUAA